AUGGUUGAAAUUCCAAGGGUUUGUAUCGAUGAGGUUUCUGCUCAAGUAUCGGCUUGCGAAACCAUGACGGAUCUCGAUGGGACUCUGUCGGAGGCUUUUGAGCGGCUGACUUUAUCGAAGGAUGCAACAUAUGAAGGCGCUUCUGCUUAUACAGACCUGGAAAGAGCGGUGUUGCAUUUUGUAAUAGAAGCCGUAAGGAGAGAUAUCAGCUCUGAAAAAAUAAUUGAAAUCAUUCCAGAGUGUCGGUUAAGAAACUCGCUGAUUACUGUUUAUGAGAAGUAUCGUGAUAUUCUCAAAGAAAUUAUGUCGUCAAUCGGAUGGGAACCGCCACGGAUUGUAGGCUUUGACUGGACACUCUCUAGAGCAUUGGAAUCAAAUUUGGGAAAAGAGGAUUGUGCGGUUGCGGAGCUUCAUUUUGAAACCAUACCAUCUGGUUCUAAUGAAAUUAAAAAAAUCUCGGUUUGUUGCGAUAAGGAUCAACUUCAAUCUAUUCUUUGGACACUGAAAGAAGCCCAGAAUUCUGUAAAUUCUUUGAGAUUGAAGUGA